UCCUCUGGGUUUUGACCAUCUUCCCUCGCUCUGAACGUCUGUCAACAACAACAGCGACAACAUCACUUGCAUGUUUCUUGAUGACAUCACAGAUUCCACACGUAUCCAAGUGCCUCUAGACUGGUAAAACAUCAAGGCAUAGGCGCACUCUUCAGAAGUCUACCUCCAGUUUUUCCUGGUUUGGUAACUUGGGCUCUUUUUUUCGGGAUUCGGGAGUGUUUUUUUUCUGCCAGGACGCUGGUUCUUGUCUAGUCCAGUGGCUACCCUAUCAAGGCUAACCUUUCACAAACUGGAAUACAGUGCAUUUUUACUCAUAAUUUCACCCACUGGUCAAGCUCCAUCGUCGGCAGCUCCCGGUUCUUUUCUCUGGCGGGAGGUUAGCAGAAGGCAUAGGGUUGUGGAGGUAUGACUGCGUUGGCUGGGGCAAUACCAAGGAUGAUGCGCCCCAUGCUGGCGCAGAACUACCCCCACAGUGGCUUCCCACUGGAAGUCUCUACCCCGUUAGGCCAAGGCAGAAUGAACCAGCUCGGGGGAGUUUUCAUAAAUGGCAGACCUUUGCCCAACCAUAUCCGCCAUAAGAUCGUCGAAAUGGCCCACCAUGGCAUCAGACCAUGCGUAAUCUCCCGUCAGCUCCGCGUCUCUCACGGUUGCGUUUCUAAAAUCCUCUGCCGGUACCAGGAGACCGGCUCUAUUCGGCCCGGGGCCAUCGGGGGAAGCAAACCCAAGCAGGGGACGACGCCUGAUGUUGAGAAGAGAAUAGAGGAGUACAAGCGGGACAACCCGGGUAUGUUUAGCUGGGAGAUUCGGGAUAAAUUACUGAUGGAUGGGAUAUGUGACCGGAACACCGUUCCAUCAGUGAGCUCUAUCAGUCGCAUCAUGAGGAGUAAAUUCGGAGGGAAGGGAGAUGACGAUGAUGAUGAAGAUGAAAUCGAGAAAAAGGAAUUAGAAGAACACGAACGGCGGGCCAAACACAGCAUCGAGGGCAUUUUAGGAGACCGAUCAAGCCACUCAGAUGAGGGGUCGGACGUGGAGUCUGAACCAGACCUGCCUCUGAAGAGGAAGCAGCGCCGCAGUAGAACCACCUUCACUGCCGAACAGCUGGAUGAGCUGGAGAGAGCCUUUGAACGAACACACUACCCUGACAUCUACACCAGGGAAGAGCUGGCUCAGAGGGCCAAACUCACAGAGGCCAGAGUUCAGGUGUGGUUCAGUAACAGAAGAGCCCGGUGGAGGAAGCAGGCUGGAGCUAGUCAGCUCAUGGCCUUCAAUCACCUGAUCCCUGGGGGCUUCCCGCCCUCUGCCAUGUCCAGUCUCUCACCUUAUCAGCUGUCUGACAGCCCGUAUCCCCCUACAUCCAUAUCACAAGUGGUGUCGGAGCAGGCCAGCACGCUGCACCGGCCCCAGCCCCUGCCCCCGUCCUCAGGCCACCACCAGAGCUCAGGAGGGGGAGGACAGGAUGGGGGUUCUGCCUACUGCCUGGCCUCUGGACGCCACAGCUUCACAGGCUACUCCGACAGCUUCGUCACGUCAGGAGGCCCUCCCAUGAACCCUGCCAUCAGCAAUGGUCUCUCUUCACAGGUGAUGGGUCUGUUGAACCCAGGUGGGGUGCCCCACCAGCCCCAGAGUGACUAUGCCCUCUCCCCCCUGACAGGAGGCCUGGAGCCCCCUGGGGGCAUGGGGGCCAGCUGCUCCCAGCGUCUGGAGCACAUCAAGAGUCUGGAGGGCCUGUCCAGUGUCCCCAACAUCCCCAGUCUCCCCUCGCUGCCCAACUCCCAGUCCUACUGCCCGUCCUCCUACAGCGCUCCUGCCUACAGUGUGGACCCUGUGGCCUCCUACCAGUAUGGGCAGUACCACGGACAAAGUAAGGUGCCCUUCAUUAUCUGAGACCUGAGAUCACCUGAGGAUCUGCCCCUCUAAGUGACCCCCCACCACCUCCACCUCUGACCCGGCCCAGUCUCCACCUCUGACCCAACCCAGUCUCCACCUCUGGCCCAGCCCAGUCUCCACCUCUGACCCAGCCCAGUCUCCACCUCUGGCCCAGCCCAGUCUCCACCUUUGGCCCAACCCAGUCUCCACCUCUGACCCAGCCCAGUCUCCACCUCUGGCCCAGCCCAGUCUCCACCUCUGGCCCAGCCCAGUCUCCACCUCUGGCCCAGCCCAGUCUCCACCUCUGGCCCAACCCAGUCUCGACCUCUGGCCCAGCCCAGUCUCCACCUCUGACCCAGCCCAGUCUCCACCUCCGGCCCAGCCCAGUCUCCACCUCCGGCCCAACCCAGUCUCCACCUCUGGCCCAGCCCAGUCUCCACCUCCGACCCAGCCCAGUCUCCACCUCUGGCCCAGCCCAGUCUCCACCUUUGGCCCAACCCAGUCUCCACCUCUGACCCAACCCAGUCUCCACCUCUUACCCAGCCCAGUCUCCACCUCUGGCCCAACCCAGUCUCCAUCUCUGGCCCAGCCCAGUCUCCACCUCUGGCCCAGCCCAGUCUCCACCUCUGGCCCAACCCAGUCUCCAUCUCCGGCCCAGCCCAGUCUCCAUCUCCGGCCCAGCCCAGUCUCCACCUCUGGCCCAGCCCAGUCUCCACCUCUGAUCCAGACCAGUCUCCAUCUCCGGCCCAGCCCAGUCUCCACCUCUGGCCCAGCCCAGUCUCCACCUCUGAUCCAGCCCAGUCUCCAUCUCCGGCCCAGCCCAGUCUCCACCUCUGGCCCAGCCCAGUCUCCACCUCUGAUCCAGCCCAGUCUCCAUCUCCGGCCCAGCCCAGUCUCCACCUCUGGCCCAGCCCAGUCUCCAUCUCCGGCCCAGCCCAGUCUCCACCUCUGGCCCAGCCCAGUCUCCACCUCUGAUCCAGCCCAGUCUCCACCUCUGGCCCAGCCCAGUCUCCACCUCUGGCCCAGCCCAGUCUCCACCUCUGAUCCAGCCCAGUCUCCACCUCUGGCCCAGCCCAGUCUCCACCUCUGAUCCAGCCCAGUCUCCAUCUCCGGCCCAGCCCAGUCUCCACCUCUGGCCCAGCCCAGUCUCCACCUCUGAUCCAGCCCAGUCUCCACCUCUGAUCCAGCCCAGUCUCCACCUCUGGCCCAGCCCAGUCUCCACCUCUGAUCCAGCCCAGUCUCCACCUCUGAUCCAGCCCAGUCUCCACCUCUGGCCCAGCCCAGUCUCCACCUCUGAUCCAGCCCAGUCUCCACCUCUGAUCCAGCCCAGUCUCCACCUCUGAUCCAGCCCAGUCUCCACCUCUGAUCCAGCCCAGUCUCCACCUCUGAUCCAGCCCAGUCUCCACCUCUGAUCCAGCCCAGUCUCCACCUCUGGCCCAGCCCAGUCUCCACCUCUGAUCCAGCCCAGUCUCCACCUCUGAUCCAGCCCAGUCUCCACCUCUGGCCCAGCCCAGUCUCCACCUCUGAUCCAGCCCAGUCUCGGUUGAGGGACGUGUGUACUACAUAUGUUGAGACUGAUGGGGCUGUUUAUGUAAUCUAUUCCCUCAACAGUGAUCUGUUCCUUCACACUUGAUAAAAAUAAUGGAAGAGCGAUUAUAGAUAAAAUUACAUUGAUAGAGAGGAAUUUAAGGCCAAAACAAAGAAACACAUGAACUUUGAUUCAUGUCUGUUGAUGAAUGACAGAGCUGCCACUGGGUACAUUCCCUUGCCUGUGAUGUGGUCUACCCCACAUUGGGCGCCAACUUUGACCAGGAGGACCGUGGAGGACUAGCCCACAUAGACCCACAGCACAGCCCAGGAGCAGAGGCCUGGUUGAGGUAAAAAAUCCUCAAGUCAGGUCUGUGGAAGAGCACAGCCAGACUGUAUAGUAACAGACGUACUAGCGGCCUUAAAGCUGUGAGUCUGUUGACAUGUUUGCCGUAGGGCCAAAUGAAUACAGAUUCAUUCUAUUUAUCUCUGAAUGAAAGCUACUUGAUGGAAAAAAUAACAGGCUUUUCUUGUGGAUUUAUUUGACGUUGCAUUUAUUUGAUAUGUUUUGUCCAUGAACACAAUAUUCCAAACAUAGACUGAGGAACAAACAAACAAACAAACAAACGUGUAAAAAAUACAUAUGCCAUUCAAAGAGGAGGCUUUGACAUAUCAUCAUAAACAGACCUGUAAUGUAUACUACAGCUGUUCCCUUCAUUAUGUUAAAUGCUCAGUGUUUUUAAACAAUCCGUUGAACUCUCACUGUGUUCUGUUGAUAACUCUGAUCUCUUGUAGCUUUAGAGAGAUUCCUAGGGGUCAGGGGUGACUUCUGGGAAAGUCCCAGGUGAAGGAGGAGGAGGAGGAGGAGGGACUCAGGGGUUCUGAUGGGCGACAGGGCUGAUCCAUCCAGGGGUGCAGUUCCCCCUCAUAGAGGCCUGUUAGGUCACGAGACUCACGACCAAGAGACACAUGAGAAACCAGGACCACCUCACCACAGACCAACCCAGCUGACCAGAAGUGCAAUAUCACGUACCUCAGAGUCGACGACGCCAUCAAACAGAUGAAUCAAAUAAGAUCUUGUGUCUUAAGAACAUUCUGUAUAAACAUUUGAAUCACGUUUGAGUAUGUCCCUACGGAGGCUUCCAGGUCCAAAACAAAGAAGCAACAGCAACAACAACCACCAACAUCGUCAGUACUGCUAUAAUAGCAAAGCGACAGGGAAAGGUGGGACGCACAUUGUGAACCAUUGAAGUCAUUCCAAGUCCAUGUGGAGCAGAUUGAUUCAAGGGAAAAAAUAAGUAAACAAAAAAACUUAUGAAGAAUUACAAAGCCAAAUCAUUUGUUGUUGUUUUGGUCUUUUGGUUUUUCUUGUUGCAAAAACAGAAAGAUCAAUAGUGUGGUGUUUACGUCAUUUCCUUAUUUAUUCUCUCUAAAGUAUCUAAGUAAUUCUGCAACAUUAUUCUUAAACUUUCUUCAAUGUUUUAGUCAAGUUACUACAUCACAUAUCUUAUAGGAACACCGUGUCCGUCUGUUCACUAAAUGGUAGCUGAAUGUCUCAACAGAUCAAAGGUUGCUACAAGCACUCAGCGGUCAAUUGUACAUUUGUCUGUAACAGAAAGAAAAGUGUCUUUUCUUUCCAAUGGGUUCCUUAAUUUUAUAUAUUUUUCUGUAUUUUUUGACAGAAUGAUAUGACACAAUGUCUUGUGUACAAGCACAGUAUUAUUACUAUUUAUAAUAAAACAGUUUAAA